CGCCCGUUCCAACAAAAGGCGGUUCCGUUAGUUGUAUUUUAUAUCAACUUUCUCUGUAGACUGUAACCGCCCUGUUCGCCAACCCCCACGUAACAUUUUCGCAUUCAAAUAAAUACUCGCAAAAUACACACAACAAAAUGCAUUGAUUCCUUCUUGUUGUGCUUCUUGGGCAACUAUCAUCACAUGCAAACCCUUCCAUAAUUAGAAGCUUUCUUUGCGCUUACGUUUUUUCCUUUUUGGUGUUUUCUUGAUAACAGAGUAUGGGUUCGCUUUGAUCUCUAUUAGUUUUUUCUGGGUUUUGUUUUGGUGCGAAGAUGUUGUGAUUUAUCUUCUCUUGUUUUCGAUUCUUUGGAGUUCAAUUCGAUCUAAGGAUUUUUUGGGUUUUGGGCAAACUAAUCUCCAGAGGCUCUGCUACUCUGUCCGUUCAUUUCUAUGGAGAUCUUAAUUUUGGAAUUGUAUUUUCUUCAGUGAUUUUUUUUUUUUCUCCUUUUGUUACAGAUUCUUAUCUUUUGGUUUUCUGUUUCUUUUGGAUUUAUGCUCGUUUUCUUGGCUGUUACAUUGUAAAUCACUCUUAAUUAGCUUUUCUCUUUGGCGGUUGUAAUUCCCUGUCGGUUCGCUGAUAUGGAGAAUAGUAACGGAGAUCAAUGUUGGUCAUCGUCUACUCAAAUGCGUAACAGUCAUAGUUUUCCACAUGGAUUUGGGACUUCAUCUUCUAACACUUCAUCUGAAAAACUAUUCGAUGAGCGAUCCGGCGUCGAAGAGUCGGUCUCGGAGACCGUUUGUGAUCAAGAACCGUUGGUUUCCGAUUCCGAAAGCGGCGUUUCUGGUCCGAGUUGCGAGCAAUUUCAGUUGUUCGAUGAUGGGUUGGUCAGGCUUGUUGAAGGGGACACAGUUUACGAAAUUAUCAAUCGCAGAUUCGUGUCGAGUUUCGAUUCGCUUGGCGUGCAAGCAAGCGUUGUGGGCAUUCAUAAAAACGGCUUUGGCGGUGUGAUGGGACAAGCGAGAUUGAAUUCGUUUCGGGUUUAUGCGCAGGCGGUGGAGAAUAAGUGCGGCGGCAAUGCGAAUGCCAAGUAUGCUUGGUAUGGUGCUUCUAAGGAGGAGAUAGUUCAGAUUGUUUCACAUGGUUUUGGUCACUGCGGGCUAUCUCAGAACAAUGGGUUGUAUGGCGGUGGCGUUUAUCUUUCACCGGAUAAUUCCCCUUUAGAAAGUGCGUGCAACUCGGUUGUUGACAAGGAUGGUCUGCGACAUCUUCUGCUGUGUCGUGUUAUAUUGGGGAAGGCAGAGCUUGUGCAGAUCGGUUCCGAGCAGUGUCACCCGAGUUCCGAAGAGUUUGAUUCCGGCGUGGACAACCUUUCGGCCCCUCGGAAAUACAUUGUGUGGAGUACCCACAUGAACACUCAUAUUUUGCCCGAGUUCGUUGUGAGUUUCAGAGCUCCACCAUGCUUGGCAGGGUUUGUAAGGAUUAAUCCAAAACGAUCGAGUGUUCCGACUUCACCAUGGGUGCCAUUUUCAAUUCUAAUUUCUGUGCUUUCGAAGUUCUUGCCUCCACCUGCCGUCUCUCUGAUUAACAAGUAUCAUGAAUCUCACAAAGCGAAGAAGAUAUCACGAAAUGAAAUGAUACAACGAUUCAGACAAAUAGCAGGAGAUAAGCUCUUGAUUGCUGUAAUCAAGAAAUUCAAAGCCAAGCAUUCCAAGGCGCUAGCCGGCCUUAAAUAAAGAGUUAUGUUACAUAUCAUUCUCCAUUCCAUCUUCUAUCCGUCAUUUUUACAAAUCCGUUAUUAGACUUGUGGGACUCUCGUGUGUGUCCCACAAAUUUAAUGGUGGAUCAACUUAUCCAAUGUGCAAAGAUGGGUGAAAGAUGGAAUGGAGAAUGGCUUUUAUCAUUUCUCUUAACUAAAAGGUGGCUUGGAAUGGAGCGGAUUAUACACAGAGUGCAGGCAAUUCACACAGGUAAGUGCAGUAGCUGGUUACUCUCGAGAACAGGAAUGAGAAGGCAGAUGGUUUUGACAUAUUGUAUAGCUGUUUCUAAGGCAACUGAUGGUGAAGGAUUGGGAAGAUGCAGAUUCUUCAGAUUUCUCACUAGUUGUAUAAAUCUUAGCUGUUAGUGUUGGUGUUCUACCUAAUGGAGUCCUUUUUCUUUUUUUUUUUCUGUUGUAAUCACAUCACAUGGUUGCGGGAUGUUGUUGAUGGAGAGUGAUUUUCUGGUUGGAUUGUUGACAAAUGAGAUGCGUUUACAGCUCAAAAAUCAAUUUUUCUA